UUCCCCAGCUCAUCUGCAUACAUUUAUCGUCUCUUCUCACCAUUGACCCUUACCAAUUGAACAAGAUCAACUCACAUCACAAUGUUCUCAAGACAAGCUACCCAAAAUGCCCGCUUUGCGGCUCGUUGUGCGCGUCGCCCAGCUGCACGAGCAGCCAACCCCAACUUCCGCACACAACAACCGCGCUUCCAGUCUACCGCCUCGGAGCAGGCAGCCAGCACAGCAUCGCCCGCAGUGAUUGGUGCUCUCACCGGAACGCUCGCCACGUUCACAGUUGGCUACAUUGCCUACCGACAGUCGGGCGCCUAUCAGCUCGUGAAGGCUUCCAAGACCACCCAGGACUACGUCAACACAGCGACGAAGAAGAUCAAGGAGUCGACACCAGAGCCUAAUGAAGCGUUAGAAUGGCUACGCAAUGCUGCCCAGAGCUACGCAGCCUUUAUACCCGGUGCCAAGGGAUACGUUGACACUGCCUUCAACGAUCUCGAUGCCAUCCGCGCCAAGCACGGUGAUGAGGUUGAUGCCAUUAUCAGCGAGGCGUACGAGGAUAUGCGCAAGGUCCUCGGCAACGGCGACCUCAGCCUCGUCACUGCACACAAGACCUGGGACGUCAUCACCAAGCAUCUUGCUCGUGUCAGCGACCUCGCUGGUGAUGCCUCGCAACAGAUCAUGGACAACCACCCAAAGCUGAAGGAACAGCUUGGUGGCAACUGGGACAAGCUCAAGGAGAUGGGAGACAGCUACGGCCCGGAGGUUAAGAAGGAGGUUGACAGGACAUGGGGGCAGAUCAGCGAUAUCGUCAAGACUGGCGUGAGCGCAGAGAACAUUGCCAAAAUCAAGAAGGUCAUAAACGAGAAGGUUGAGAAGAUCCAACAGCUUGGUGACAAGGCAUGGCAGAAGGGUCUUGAGCAGGCCAAGCCCUACCUCGACAAGAACCCCGAAGUCAAGAAGCUGGUUGAGGAGAACGCAGAUGCGCUGAAGCAGGGCAAUUUCCAAGAGCUGUUCAAGCGCGUCAAGUCUGCUGUCGAGAACGGUGACACUGGCGAUCUUGAGAAGUACGUCAAGGGCGCUGCUAACAAGGUUCAAGACAAGGCCAAGGACAGCGGCAUGGGUGGCGGCCUUGAGAAGUUCUUUGGUGGGAUCCCAGGAGCUGAGCAGAUUAUGCCCAAGUUGAGCCAGCUGCAGGAGGCGGCAGAGAAGCACGGCGACGAGGCGCAGGAUAUCCUCAAGAAGGCUGUAUCCGAGAUCUCUGAGGUGUUGAAGAAGCACGGAGACGAGGCACAAAAUCUUGCCAAGAAGGCUAAGGAUGAUGCGAAGAAAUGAGCG